UUGGUCGGCAGACCCGCCAGCACCCUCCCAUUAUUACCUACCAGUACUCAAAUUCCAAGCCUCUUCCGAUUCCACACAUCCUAAUCCCAAAACCCACAAGGCCUUCCACCUCCUCAUCUAAUUGCUGUCUCCCUCCUUUUUCACUCUAACCAAUUCGUAGCGCUUCUUAUCCGGACUAACGGCAGCCUUCGAGUCUCUCCCUUCAAGAUUUCCGAAUCUCUGCAGCCUGCCCUCUCAAAAAUGGAUGAAUGGAAGAGGAGCGGUCAGAUUCCGGCAUUCGGGAACUGGGAUUUGGCCAACGACCUGCCCAUCACUCAGUACUUCGAGUGUGCCAGACAAGCGGGUCUGGUCCGUCACAGUUCGUCUUCGGGAGAAAGCGAUCCUCACGCGUGCGGCGAUCGCGAUCUCUACGCCCUCGAUUUUAAACAUCACGUCCCUCCCGCGCCUUCUUCCAUUAAAAAGAUGAGGAGGAAGAGGAGCUCGAAUGUGAAGGAGAAUGGGAAUAUGAAUAUGAAAAAGCAAGGCAAAGUGUGGGACGUGAGGGAGGCGCCGGGAAAGGCAGGUGGGAGAAACGAGGGCCUUCCGCCGCCGCCGCCGAGACGGCCGAAGCCAGUGGACCAGGAUCUCUAUCAGAUCCCUCCCGAAGUCCUUCGCACUUCCAAGCGGAGUAAAAUGCUGGGAUUCAUUUCCAAGUGCCUGCUCCCCCGUGGCUGCGUUUCCUGAGCCUUCUAUGCAUCCAUCUGGAUAAAUUAAUUGAUGAAAAGAUGAAAAAAGCAUCGGGGUGCCGAAUGUGAUUAUUCCUGGAUGCAGCGUCCAGCGGAGUCAUAAGUUCGGAUGUUAAGAAUUAGAGGCGUCACGGGGUCUCCCGACUCAUCGGUCUUCACAAACUGUUUCUACGUCAUGAUGUGUUGAUGUUCGCACUCUAAACGUUCUUAAUAUCGUAAGUACAAGGUUUUGCUUUCUGCCAAAAUAUCUCCCUUAUAUCCCACUACAAUGAAUUGAAACCCACAGGAUUGUAUUCAGCUUCCUUCCCACCUAAAUUCCUAGGUCGCGAAAUGCAUUUUUGAUCCUUUGAAUUUAAUCAUUUAGCGUAUUAAUUUCUUGUUGAUUAAUUAAAAUCUUGCUGCAUGUUGUUAAAUUAACACAAACCUGUUCCUUAACAUUCGUCAGUGUUGCCAACUUACCAUGUCAUGUUUAACCACCAACCAAUCACU